AUUCAUUCAUUUUAGUUUCAUUCAUGAUUUCAAACCCGGGCAUAGGAACAAGUAUCAACUGAACAAGGGUCCAAAAAGGUAAAUGGGGCAACGAUGCCUACGAAAGGAGUAGAUGCAAAAUCCUGGCGCUCAAACUGUAAAGAGCAAAGAGCAAGUAUGGCGGAAGUGGAGAAGGAAGAAGGAAGUUCCCCAUUUUUCGUGGCAGUUCAUGUCGGCGCCGGAUUUCAUGCUCCUUCCAACGAGAAGGCUCUCAGAUCCGCCAUGAAUCGAGCUUGCCUUGCCGCUGCUACCAUUCUUCGCAUGGAUUCUGGUAUAUGUGUUGAUGCAGUUGAAGCAGCGAUUCGAGUUUUGGAGGACGAUCCCUGCACAAAUGCUGGCCGUGGCUCAAAUUUGACAGAGGAUGGCCAUGUUGAAUGUGAUGCUAGCAUCAUAGAUGGUGAAUCUGGGGCAUUUGCUGCGGUUGGAGCAGUUCCAGGUGUUCGAAAUCCCAUCCAAGUUGCUGCUUGCUUAAUCAAGGAACAAAAGAUGGGACCUUCAUUGCUUGGCCGAAUGCCACCAACCUUCUUAGUUGGUGAAGGUGCUCAUAAGUGGGCAAAAUCAAAGAGCAUUACCUGUGCUGACACAGUAACAGAGGCUGAAAAGUGGUUAGUGACUGAAAGAACCAGAUUACAAUGGUUCAAGUAUAAAGCAAUGCUUGAUGCUGCCAAGACACAGAUAGGAGCAAUACUUCCUAGCAGUAGAUCUCAGAAAAAAGAGUUAUUAUAUGGUAAGUCUUUUCUACAAACAGUACUGAUUUGUGCUCUAGAUGUGGAAGCUUAUAUUAGUGAUGCCUUUGUAGGGGUUGAGGAUGUUGAGUCCUCUACAUUGGGGGCAAUAGAAGAAGACUGCAUCAUGGACACCAUUGGAGUCAUAUGUAUUGAUCGUGUUGGACACGUUGCCUCUGGAGCCUCCAGUGGUGGUAUUGCAAUGAAGGUGAGUGGACGAGUAGGAUUAGCAGGCAUGUAUGGCUCUGGUUGUUGGGCAUCCUCGAAAGGACCCUUUGGAGCUCCAUUUCUUGUAGGUUGUUGCACUACUGGAGCAGGAGAGUAUUUGAUGAGAGCUUUUGCCGCCAGGGAAUGCUGCACGUCAUUGUCAUUGUCACAGGCAGGUCCGGCUUUUGCUUGUAUCAAAAUUCUUCGUUUGGUAGUUCAGGCUGGUACACAACAGGAUGCCGAUGGCAGUGCUGGGAUCCUCCUCGUCCAAGCUGAUGCUCCUUUGGUGGGUCCUAAUAAUACACCAGAGCUGAAAGCAGUGGAGAUUGCUGCUGGAUAUUCAUCACAGUCAUUUGGGAUAGGAUACUUUGGAAGCUCAUUGGCAAAGCCAAAGGUUUCAAUUUUACGGAACAAGAAAUUGCAGACCAUGAAAGGGAUAGACCACUUUGAAGCCAGAAUCAAUGUUACAAUUGGAAGCUGAAGUUUCAGUUUUCAGUCUCCAUUUCUUUACAUUCUCUUCCGUAGUCUGUGACUUUAAUAUUUUUGGUCAAAGUGUGAUCACUAUUAAACAAUGAGAACCAGGGACAAUGUACCAGUAAACCUAUGGAAAAAUGCGAAUUGGAUCAAUUCAUUAUACAGUCAUUCAACUA